AUGAAGGCGACAAGCGCUCUCAAGAGCCGCAAAUUCCUUGGAAUCCCUGGUUUCUUCGCCCGGUUAAAGGAAAAGGGGACUAUGGCGAAGGAUGCAUGGGGGGUUAUUGGAAGCGCUUUGAGUGUUCAGAAUGUCUUGAUUGACAUGCAAAAGGCGCUGGAGAAGGGCGAGGUGCCAGAAGAGGAGCUCAAAGCCCUAGAAAGCGACGUAACCAGUCGCGUUUUGCUCGCAAGUUGGCGUGGCACAAGGAUGGAGGUGACUCACGUGCUCCAUCGAGUAUGCGAGAACGUUCUUCGUGAUCCCUCGGUCUCCGAGCAGGUCCUGAUCAACCGAGCCAAGGCCAUGUUAGUCUGCGGGGCAAUAUUUAAGGCAACAAAGCCAGACGAGUCUGAUGCUGAGCGAAGAGAGCUGGAGGCGCUUGUGGCUGAAGCUGCCGCAGGGAAGAGUCGUGCCAAAGAGCUCCGUAAAAAGGCGAUGGAGGAGAAAGCAAAGGCUGCUGCCGCGGCUAGAGUCAAAGGUGGUUCAGGAUCAAAGUCUCCAGUGCUCCCUUCAAGCGCGAGCGCGAGCGGCUCUCACACCAACGACACCUGGGACGAAGAACCACCGUUCGAGGACAGCGAAGUCCUUGUGAUCGUUGGAAAGAAAUACUAUGUCGACAUUAGACUCAAAAGGGUCCCAGAAAAUGACUGUGUCAUUGACUGGGCAAUGGCCGGGAUCAAAGAAUGGUUGAAUACGGAAGCAGAUCCGCCAAAAGCUCGGUUUACGCCAAUCUUGACCACGCGGUCAGAGUUACAGAACGCGGACGAAGGCACCUUCUCCACGCUGGACAACGGGGAUAUUCUGGAGACGGGAGAGAUGCUUGACCCGAACACCGGUCGAGUGCGUCGCUAUAGUGAGAUUUGGAGGGACUUGCCCAUCAAUAAAGGAUCCGUAUUCAUCUUGGAAGGAAUCGGAACAUCAGAUGCACCUACCAUUCAACGCGCAUGGCUGGCGAAGAUGGGAAACUAUCAAGCGGCUGUAGCCAAGAUAUCCGAAGACAAAUUUCUAGCGUGGACCGCUGAAAAGGUUGCCGGACGGCCCGGCUGGGAUGUCACCAAGUUUGCAGGUCCGGUUGAUGCCGCCACAAUCGUGUUACCAAUAGAAGAUCCAUCGCCUUUAUGGGGUGUCGGGACACUGUUUGAAGCAAAUGGUAUUACUUGGCUUAGAGCGGAGAAUCCGGGCCGGGAUCACGAUUACGAGUGGACGAGGGCGGCUCCAGACUUGGUUCACACCACCACCAGCGAAAUACUUGAGCACAAUAUGCCGUUUGUUCUCCCUUCUCAGCUGCUUAUCAACGCUCUUCGGGAGAACGAUCUGAUCCCUUCUGUCGUUCCAGAGAACUUCGCGCCAUCAGUGGAACUGAGCGUAGAGUUCUCGGGGAAACGGUUCACUCCCGGCGAGAAGUUGACAAAGGAAGAGACUAGUGAAGAGCCCAAGAUAUCUUUCAUCGAUACAGAUGAUAUUGGUCCAAAUGGACCGUCAUCCUAUACUUUGGUUCUUGUAGAUCCCGAUGCGCCGUCCAGGGCUGAGCCAAUCUAUGGUCAAUGGCGCCAUUGGGUCCAAUCAGGCCUCAUUCCCGUCAGUAUCCAAGCCUUGGCAACCAUUCAGUCCGGUCAAGAGGAUAAAAAUAUCGCCAUUAGUGAGGCUUCCGCCAUUCCAAUUGUGGAGAAGAGCAAAAUAGAGGCAGUUACGCCCUAUCUCGGACCAGGUCCUCGGCCAAACUCUGGUACUCACCGUUAUACUUUUCUUCUGUACCGCGAACCCAGAGACGGCUUCUCCUUGACGGCAGCUGAUAUGGGCAGCAACGAGUUCACUCAACGAAGGAGUUGGAAUGCAACAGAGUUUGCAGUUAAAAAUGGCUUAACUUUGGUGGGAGCCACAUUCUUCCUUGUGGACAGUUGA